AUGACUCAUCAUCUAAACUAUUUAAUGAUAGGAAAGGCAGUCAGGAACAGACAUAUUGUGUCGUUGUUAGUUGGUAAGGACAAUAUAAAGCUGUCACACCUCCAGUUCGCAGAUAACACUAUAUUGUUCUGUUCAUCAGAAGAGGAUACCAUCAGAAACUAUGCCAGGCUGCUAAGGUGCUUUGAGGUGAUGUCAGGGUUAAUCAUUAACUUUGAUAAAUCAAGUUUAAUCCCAAUCAACUGUGAACAGCAUUGGACGUACAACAUGUGCAACUUGUUGGGGUGCAAGGAGGCCUGCCUCCCAAUCAGAUAUCUUGGCAUUCCUUUAGGAGCGAACCCAAGACUGGUCAGGACCUGGAAACCAAUAAUUGACAAGGUGGAGGAGAAGUUCAGCUUGUGGAAAGCAAAGGUCCUCAAUAAAACGGGUAAGAUGGUCCUUAUUAAAUCUGUGUUAAAUAGCUUGUCGGUGUACUACUUGAGUAUGUAUAAGAUGCCAAAGGCAGUGACAAAAAAGUUGAUAUCGCUACAGAGAAGAUUCCUGUGGAGCAAGGAGGAAGGCAGGAAUGGUUUGGCGCUAGUUAAGUGGGAGGUGGUUCAAGUCCCUAAAAAAUUGGGUGGAUUGGGGAUAGUGAUGCCGUGGUCAGAAAUACUGCACUACUAUUUAAGUGGUGGUGGCGUUUUUCAAAAGAAGAAUGUCCAUUAUGGAAGAAGGUUAUGUGCUCUUGCUAUAUUUUAA